AUGGCACCGUCACAGAGGAGCCAUAGCCGAAAUUUCUCCCGAGCAGGAUUCCACCCCCUCACCCAUCAGAGCUCGAAAGAAAUGGUCAACCCGAACGACGUGACGAUUGAUAUUCCCUUGACCAAAGUCGGCACUUCCGGCAGUCGCACUGGCGCCCGCAAGCUGGACGCUUUCAAUUCCGCACCACCGCCAGGAAGUGCAGACUCACCAGACCCCAUGGACGAGAAAAUGUCCCAUCAUCUGCUCCAAGGCCCGGCAGGCAGAAGGAGACGGCGGGAGAGAACGCCGCCGGAAAAGAGUAACAAGGAAGACGGCACCGUGAAUACUGUUGGCCGGCUCUACCGGAAGAUCUACAACUUCUCUGUUAUCACAAGAUACUUCAUUUACGUCGCCCCGCUCGCUGCCGCGAUCGCGAUUCCCAUCAUCGUCGGCGCCACGAUUGCUCCUGGUGCGAAGAUUGGAGGGGUCAAAAUUGUUUGGUUCUUCAGUUGGAUCGAGGUCGUCUGGCUAUCCCUGUGGGCGUCGAAAAUCGUGGCCCUGUUCUUACCCCUUUUGUUCCAAUUCUUCAGUGGAGUGGUCAGUUCAGGGACCCGAAAAUAUGCCUUGGUCCUGAGAGCUCUCGAGAUUCCGGCGUCGCUCGUGGGCUGGGCAAUAUGCUCCCUGGCCACUUUCGUCCCUAUCAUGACUUUGAAUCCUGAUCAAAGAGCACGGGGCGAGACGGGUCUGAAAGAUUGGGAAUCCGUCGUCAAAAACAUUCUCUUCGCAUGUGUCUUUUCUACCUUGCUACUGCUUAUAGAAAAGGUUUUCAUCCAGCUUCUCUCGCUCAGCUAUCACCGCGAACAGUUCGCCAACAGAAUCGCAGAGUCCAAGCGUCACGUCCAUCUCGUGACCUUGCUGUACGAUGCCUCUCGACAGCUCUUUCCCAUGUACUGUCGAGAGUUUGCCGAGGAGGACUACCUGAUCAACGAUGUGCUAGAUCUCGCCGCGCUCACCAGCAAGCGAAACAGCAAGUCCCAUGGUCACAAGCGGUCGGGCUCCGCAACCCCCAUGAGACUGAUUCAGAACGUUGCUCGAGUGGGGGAUAAAGUCACGGCGGCAUUUGGCAACGUCGCACAAGAAAUCACGGGGAAGCAGGUAUUCAAUCCAACCGCCUCUCAUUCAAUCGUCAUCCAAGCCCUGGAAAGGAAGCACUCAGCUGAAGCGCUUGCUCGACGCCUGUGGAUGUCAUUUGUUCUUGAAGGCAAAGAUGCUCUCUACUUGGACGACAUUGUCGAUGUGCUUGGCGAAUCGUUUGAGGACGAGGCUCACGAAGCUUUCGACAUUCUGGACGUCGACGGCAACGGGGACAUUUCCCUCGAUGAAAUGGUUCUACGUGUCACCGAGUUUGGUCGAGAACGCAAAUCGAUUGCAAACAGCAUGCACGAUGUUGACCAAGCAAUCAACGUGCUGGACGACCUGCUCUGCACCAUCGUCUUCAUUUGCACCAUCUUCAUCUUCAUCGCUUGGCUCAACAAGAGUUUCACCACCACCCUUGCCACGGCCGGGACCGCACUACUGUCUUUGUCUUUUGUCUUCUCUGUCACGGCGCAGGAGGUCCUGGGCUCGUGUAUCUUCCUCUUUGUCAAGCAUCCCUUUGAUGUAGGAGAUCGAGUCGAUGUCGGAGACAAUCAGUAUGUGGUGGAUCGGAUGUCUCUUCUGUACACGGUUUUCAGACGAGUCGCCGAUCAGAAGCGAUCCCAAGUCCCCAACAAUGUGCUGAACACUCAAUGGAUCGACAAUGUUUCCCGCAGCAAGGCGAUGCGUGAGAGGAUUCAUCUCUACGUCAGCUUUGACACCACCUUUGAAGAUCUCGAUCUGUUGAAGAAAGAGAUGAUCGCCUUUGUUCGAGACAAGGACAAUGCACGGGAUUUCCAACCGGACAUCGAUAUUGAAGUUACUGGAUUGGCCGAAAUGGACAAGAUGGAGUUGACCUUGGACAUUCGCCACAAGUCCAAUUGGGCCAACGAGGCCGUGCGAGCAGCCAGACGGAGCAAGUUUAUGUGUGCGUUGGUCCUUGCUAUGCGGAAGAUCCCCAUCUAUGGCCCCGGUGCCGGCGGUGCCGCCCCCGGAGACCCGGCCAAUCCAACAUACUCCGUCACCAUCUCUGACCAGGAGGCGAAGAGGAACAAGGAAAGCUUCGAGGACGACAAAGACAAGAGCAGGCUCAUACCUCUGUUGCCCCACCACAAGAGUGAUGCCAACCUUUCAAGGACGGAAGCGGGCUCCUCAAGUGGCGCCCAGGUGACGGAGGUGGCAGCUGUAGACAAUUUGAUCAAGCGUGAUGUGGCCGUCGAUCCUGAAGAUACCCUCAACGAUGAGCGAGAGCUUGCAAUGGACCGAAAACGGUCGAACGAGGUUGAUGAAGUUCGCAAUAUUCUCAGGCGCGAAUCGACUACCGGCCGCCGUCGAGCCGCACCACAUGGUGGCCUCUCUUUGCAACAGAGCGCCGAAUCACGUUAUGGCUCCCGCACCAUCCCUACCAUGCCCGAUCCCUCUCCACAAGAGCGGAUCGACGGCUCUGGUCCAAGCCGGGUGAACUAUUUCGAGGACUCAGAUCAGCAUUCUGGCUCACAACAGCAGGGCUGGGCUGCUGUCUCCCCGCUUAACUACAAUCAACCGUCGACCAGCAACGUGGCCACGCAGUUUGCCCGAACCACUUCCCCAUCUGAAUCGCAAGACGAGGCCACGUCGAGUACAAAUCGGUAUGUACCGGGCAAUGCCUUUUCGCAACAAGCCUACGCUUCUCAACAACAGCAGCAACAACAACAACAAGUUCAUCGAGUACCAGUUCCCGGCAUGCCCGAGUUGAAGAGAACAUUACAUAGCAACUCUCAGAGUCCGCCACCACCCACCGGAUGA